GUGGAGCCCACUACUUUGCACCAUUGCUGAGUCGCUGAGAGCUGAACCAUUCUCCCACUGGACCCACUCCCCCUUCCCCCAUCUUUCCUCUCUCUGUCUCUGUCUCUGUCUUUUGUUUCGAGUUUUUUGGGUUGUUGUUGGUUAAUUUACCAAUUUACUAAUCUCUCUCUUCAUUAAUAUUUUCUUAAAUUUUUCUUGCACUUUGUUUGCAAGUUUUUGUCAUACAUCAAAUAAUGGUGGGUUAAGGGUCACUCUGAAGGGAGCGUCCCCAUUUUCUCUAUAUAUAUAACUCUCUCACUUUUCUUGAGCCUUGUUGUGUGCAUUAGAAUUAUCAAAAAUUUGGGUCACCCUCUUUUAAGAAAAUGACAGAACCAAACCAUUCUUCAUCAUCAGAAGCUGAGAGUUGCAGCAGCAAUAAUAAUUCCAACUCCUCCUCCUCCACAUCUUCUUCUUCACAGACUUGCCAGAACUUGUCCAGGAGAUCCAAUCAUGGUGAUGCCCCAGAAGACACCAAAGCUAAAAGACCAAGAGGCUCAAGCAGCAAACACCUAGCUUACAGGGGAGUCAGAAUGAGGAGUUGGGGCAAAUGGGUGUCCGAAAUCCGUGAACCCCGCAAGAAAUCUCGUAUUUGGCUUGGUACUUUCUCUACUCCAGAAAUGGCAGCUCGUGCUCAUGAUGUAGCUGCUUUAAGCAUCAAAGGUGACUCGGCUAUUCUCAACUUCCCUGAGCUUGCACAGUUGCUUCCUCGACCAGUUUCAGUAAUGCCGCGUGACAUCCAAGCUGCAGCAGCUAAAGCUGCUUCAAUGGUUCAUUUCAAUACUCGAUCAUCAUCAUCAUCUUUAGUUUCCGAAUCUUCAUCUCUCUCAGAGUCCAAUGCCUCCGAAGAACCUGAGGAACUGAGUGAAAUUGUUCAGUUACCCAAUAUAGAAGGGAAUUUCGACUCGUUAUUUGAUUCACAGGAGUUUAUACUUCUUGACUCGGUUGAUGGGUGGGUGUAUCCACCACAAGAUUUCUAUGGAGGAUUUUCUGAUCAGAUAUGGGCUACAGAGAAUUUAAUCCCUGGCAGCUUUGAAACUUCCAUGUGGGAAUAAUUUGCUACAUCUUCACCACUUUUCUUCCUUAGGAGGAUUUCUUAGGGAAUUUUUCAAAAUGUUUGCAUAUUUUUGCUAACAGGUCACUUGUCACUUUUUCAUAUUUUUGUAAUAUAAAUUCAUACAAG